UUGUCCAAGAUGGGAAUAGAAAACAUCUAUUCUCCAUCAUGCGUGGGAUAUUGAUAAAUGAUGAGUCAGCUGCCACACAAAAAGAGCAAAACUGAGAGAGCAACACCACUACAUCAGCUGCCACACAAAUAGAGCAGAACAGAGAACGCAACACCACUACAUCAGCUGCUUCACAAAAAGAAUAGAACAGAGAGCGCAACACCACUACAUGCCCAAGAUAGUGAUAUUUUGGGCUGUGUAAAUGAUUGGGGGCAAUAUUGUAUAGUCAGUUGAUUUAUUUCUCUUGUAUGUAUAGGCUACUGUACAGAUUACGAAGAAGGCAAUGUAAUGAAAUAACCGAGAAUUCUCUUCAUCGCCAUCGUUGCCCUGCUCCUUUUUCCUUCCAGUAAAACCAGACCAUCACUUAAUCUAUCGCAGUUAGCUUUAGCUCUUCUAUAAAUAGAGCUCAUCCGUACCAAUUUCACCCCAUUUUCGUUUCGUCUCUCGGCAAUCUCUCUCCCCCGACUCUGUUUCUUGACCUCUCAAAAGCCAUGGCGGGAGGCGACACUCGGAAGCAACUCCUAACUCUAAUCCGAGACUUUGCCACUGAAAAAUCGCAAGGAGAGAGAAGAGUUAUUGGCUUAAAGAAGCGAAUCGAAGAGGUUCGCUCUGAGCUCGACGUAGCAAAUGCAGAGCUUGAAGACGCCAAGCGUGCGAAAGAAACCGUUGAGCAAGAGCUUAGAGGCUACGAAGUUGAAAAUGCUUUGAACGAUCAUUCGAUUCAGACCCUAGACGCUAGAAUAUGUCUGAUUCAGGACGAGAUAUCCUCUGUUGGAUCUGAUCUAGAUGCUCUUAAGGUUAAAGAAGGAGCUUCGCGAGAUGAGUUUAUAGGACAAAUGUGUAAGCUUAACACUAUGAUAAGGAAAUUCCAAGAGACAAUUGCUUGUAAUUUUCACUAUGAAAAUCAUGUUGGAACUGCAGCAGAAGCAGAACACAAACAUGCGGAGGAAGUCACUGAAGUUGCUUUAAAAACUAUGGAGGAUACACUGUCCCAUACAAUCUCUCAAAUAAGUAAAGAGGAAGAAGAAUACCAAGCGGAGCAGGAUCUUCAAAAGAAGUUCCAGCAGGAGUUGGUUGAUCACGAGAAGAAGGUAUCUCUGAUGGAAGUAAUACUGGAAGUAACGAAAACAUUGCAUGACAUGACCAGGCAGACUUCUGAACUGGAAGUCACGUGUGCUUCCCUCGGUGAGGAGUUGCAGAGGAGAUGUGCAUGUCCAAGUUGUCACCUAGAUAACGUGGAGGCCCUGGGCAAGCUGCUUCAGUGAUGCUUCUGGUUUUUGAUCUCUAAAGAGAUGUGGUGGCGUAUUGUGUGUUGGAUGCAGCUGGGAGAUUUUAUCUUCUGGCUUUACGUGGUCUUGCUUGCCCGGUGCAUGUUCGAUCAAAUGUCAAAGGAUUCUGAGUCUCUCAUCUCUCUGUUUCUCUGCUUGCUAUUCUUCUUUCACACAAGUGUUCUCUUAUUUUUUAUUUUUAUUUUUUCAAUAAAAUCUUCUUCUUUUGUUUCUAAGAGCUGCUAUUUCUUGAAUUUCUGCAUGUCAACUCUGUUCUUGAACUUCUUUCUUUCUUAAGGCUUCUCUGUUGUCAAUUAUCAAUGUCAGUUAUGAUGAACUGAACAAAAACCAACUUGAAUUGUUUCUGUUC